AUGGCCAGAGUCCCCUUUAUUGGCCGGCUCUUCUGGCGGGAGUAUUUGGCUUUGGUUGGCUCUCUGAUUCUCGUGGCUUUGGAAGUCUUUGUUCGAGUUAUCACUCUCGGACUCCCUCAACCCAUCAUUCGCUUCUGUUACAACACCUCCAAGAAAUUGUUCAACUAUCUGUCUUCUCAAAAGUCAAGACAGGCCCGCUCGCAACGAAAAUCCAUUUACUCUUCUAUUGCAACUGCAUCCGAUUUCACCGACCUUUGCGCUUUGUACGGAUACUAUGCUGAGGAACACAUCGUUCAAACAGGAGAUGGGUAUUUACUGGGUGUGCACAGAUUACCCUUCCGCAAAGAAGAGGAAGAAACUGGACGACGAGUAAAUGCGGGACCGGACUCUAUCAGGAAGCCUGUGGUUUACCUCCAUCAUGGCCUCCUCAUGAACAGCGAAGUUUGGGUCUGCCUCACGGAAGAAGAGCGAUGCCUGCCCUUCACAUUGGUGAAUCAGGGAUAUGAUGUUUGGUUGGGUAAUAAUCGAGGCAAUAAAUACAGCAAGAAGUCCACCAAGUGCUCGCCCACUUCAACGGGAUUCUGGGAUUUCUCCAUGGACGAGUUUGCUUUCCACGAUAUCCCAAACACGAUUGACUAUAUCCUCGACACCACAUCACAGCUCUCACUCUCCUACAUUGGCUUUAGUCAAGGUACCGCACAGGCUUUUGCAACCCUCUCUAUCCAUCCGGGUUUAAACGAUAAAAUCAACCUCUUCGUCGCAUUGGCUCCGGCCAUGUCACCGGCGGGCUUGAGUAACGGCAUUGUGGACGCUCUGGUCAAGACCAGUCCGGACGUUCUUUUCCUCGCUUUUGGUCGGAAGUCCAUUCUAUCGUCGGCAACCAUGUGGCAAUCCAUUCUCUACCCGCCCAUCUUCGUCCGGUUGAUCGACAUAUCCCUCUCCUUUCUGUUUGCCUGGUAUGGACGAAACAUUUCCGUCCAACAAAAGCUUGCAGCAUAUCCCCACCUCUACAGCUUCACAAGCACCAAGUCGGUCGUGCAUUGGUUCCAGAUCAUUCGAAAUAAGUCGUUUCAAAUGUACGACGACGAUGGUUCGACCAAAUUCAGUAUCGGAGCCAGCAAUCGGUACUACAAAGUGGCCAAGUUUCCCACCCGAAAUAUCAAAACCCCCAUUGUCCUGGUCUAUGGCGGUAGUGAUUCUCUGAUCGAUAUCCGCGUUAUGCUAAAAGAACUUCCACGCCACACCAUCGCAACCGAGGUGCCUCAUUUUGAGCAUCUCGACUUCCUCUGGGCGCAAGACGUCGAUACUCUCGUGUUCCCGCACAUUUUGGAAGCAUUGCGCUACUAUGCGCUCGGUCGCACCUCAAAUGGAAUCCCCAAAGGUCUCGCCCUGUCGAUGGCCGACACUGCAUACUUGCACAGAUGGCAGAACAGUGGAAGCAACACGACCUGCUCAGAGGAUGAGGGCGGGUAUUCAGAUUUUGACGGUGCAAACGACACACCACGCACUCCCAAGAUGAAAUCCUACGCCCAGCAGCAGCGCGAGCGACAGUAUCAAUCUCCGUAUCGGCUUCGAUUUGGAGGUCGGCCGGUGUCUGCAUCCUCGCCAUCCGCUACCAUGAAUGGGACCGAGCAGAUUUAUAAGCCCUCCAAGUGUGAGGCACAGGCUAUGAACGAAGGAGAUGGACUCAAGAAUCACAAUUACGCAAUGGAUCUAGACCGGUCUCCCUCGACAGAUACAUCGAACCCCGAAGCAUCCAACGACUUUGGGCCUGCCAUCUCCACUUCGCGACCUUUACAUGCGGGCCCCAGCCCUUCUGGUUUAGCAUCACCUUCUACGUCCGCGUCAGCGUCCGGCGCACGAAUAACACUAACAGGCUCUUCAGAACCUGUCCACCGAACCCCGACGGCGAACACGAGCGCGUUACGCUCUAUUGACGGUGAAAAUGCAAGCUUCGAACCCAGACCGUCGGCUUCUGCUUGGCCUUCGGGACCUGACUCUGGCUCGGGUGCGGGUGCGGGUAUGGGUGCGAGUGUGGGUGUGGCUGUCUUUCCCCCGACUCCUGCAUCUUCGUCUACAGCAAUAGCUGACUCGACGUCGGACCGAACAAGUCCCGCACGCCAGGAUCGACCUGCAUUCACAGCGCAGGGGAUCCGAGUUGGCAGCUCGAGACCGAGUGUUUCUGCUCAUACGAACUGA